AUGUCUAUGAGGGGACGGACAAUCAUCUUCUCCAUUUAUCAGCCCCCGUACUCCAUCUUCAGACUGUUUGACAGCCUCACCUUAGUGGCCUCAGGAAAAGUCAUGUUUCACGGGCCUGCACAGGAGGCUUUGGAGUACUUCACAUCCGCAGGUUACAACUAUGAUUCCCACAACAACCCUGCCGACUUCUUCCUGGACAUCAUUAGUGGACAUCAUUUCUCUGCUCUAUUCCACACAGAGGAAGAUGGCCAUGGAUCUGAUGAACCUAAAGAUCUUACUGAGAUACAGCACCAAGUCACAGAAGAAUUAGUCAAUAUGUAUGUCCAGUCCUCCUUGUGCAGUGAAAUGAGAACUGAACUGGACUCACUCUUGGGGGGACAGAAUGCAGGGAGAAGCUCAGCCUUGGAGGAGAUCACGUGGGUCACCCCUUUCUGGUAUCAACUCUGGUGGAUUAUCUGUCGUUCAUUUAAAAACUUCAAGGAUUUUCCAAAGAUGAGUAUAAUUAAGGCAUUUAUCAUAUUCAUACUGACUGUGUAUUCGUGUAUCACUUUACAUGUCCUAAGAAACGACUGUACUGCAAUCCACACCAGAGCUGGCCUGCUCUUCGCGCUCACAGUCUUCCAGUGUAUUAUAAGUGUGACUGCGGGAGAGGUUCUCAUGAUUGACAGGGAUUGUUUUCCACAUGAGUAUACCAGUGGAUACUACAGAGUGUCAUCGUAUUUCCUUGGGAAAUUGCUGGGUGAGCUGGUACCCAGGAGGUUAUUGCCAAAUAUUAUAUUUACUGUUAUAGUAUUCAUCAUAGCAGGAGUAAACACAGAUGUGAAGGGUUUCUUCGCUAUGAUAUUUAGCAUCAUGAUGUUGACUACUUCUGCCAGUUCCACGCUGCUGUCUCCAGGGGCAGGGCAGAUUGCAGUGGGUGUACCAACAACAUUCCUUGUGACCAUCUACUUUGUGAUCACGCUGUUUAUCUCAGGUCUGUCAGUAUAUUUCAUAAACGUCACACAGGACUUCUCAUGGACUCAGUACUUUAGCAUUCCGCAAUAUGGACUUACAGCUUUUCUGCACAAUGAUUUCCUGGGACAAAACUUCUGUCCAGAAAACAAAACAGCAGAAAUCAGUAGAUGCCAGAACUUUGUAAUAUGCACUGGAGAAGAAUACUUGAUGAUCCAGGGCAUUGACCUCUCAUCAUGGGGCUUCUGGAAGAAUCACGUGGUCUUAGGUUGUAUAACGAUUAUCUUCUUCUCAAGUAACUUUCUGGAGUUAUUAGUUAUUAUAAAAAUGAGACAUUUUUUAAAACGGUCUUGCACUUUCAUUGAACUAAACUGGCCUUAAAAAAAUUAAAACUUUACUGAUGGGUGACCUUGUCUGAGGAGCAGUAGGUAGUUCUUGAAUUUCAGGAGUUUGGCCCACCAGAAUUCAAGGCACUGAUGGGUGGAUCAUGGAUAGGCAAGGCCCUAAGGGCUUUGGCUCCAGAAUGUCUCUUGCUACUGCUGUGCCUUUACAUAUUUGCUGCUGCCAUUUUCUCUGGUAUUUGUCAUGGUGUAAAUGGGUGUGAAGGGAUUCCUUUGUCUUUAAUAUUUUGUGAUUAUCUCAUGGAAAUACCAUGAAUCACAAAGCAGUAGUGGAUUAUAAUAAAGAUUAUUUCUUCAUAAGCUGUAUUGUGUAAAUAAAGUAAUGAUUUUACAAUAAUCGUGGUAGUUCAAAUAGAAUUUUGAUGAUUAUGGGUUUUUAUCAAAUGUAGUAAGGGAUUAUGAAAGAGGUUAGUUUAGUAUUUGUUAUUCUUUUGGUCCCUGCCCUAGCCACGCCCACUCCCAUAACCUCUGACCCGCCCAUCGCCAUCUUGGGACCCCCUCUUCUCUUUCUGCUUCCUUAGCGUGCGCACGCGUCGUUUUCUCUGUCUCUCUCUUCUUUUAUCUCUCCUCUCUCCUUUUAUCUCUUUUCUCUGUCUUUCUUUCUCCCUCUUCCUUAAUAAAUACUUAUGGCUAUUUCCUGUGUUUACGUGUCUGUUACCUGCCGCCACCGUGGGCCAAGGAAGCGUGCCCUCCUGUAGCUGCUUUCCCAUGGAGGGCUCCAGCAGGGGAAUCGCAUGUAGCCACUCUCUCAUGGCGGGCUCUGCCAACCCACCACGAUAAUCGUUUUUUUUAAGAAUAACAGUAUUAAUAUAGGUAAACGUAGGAAACAGUGUUGUUCACAGCCCUGAUACAGCAGGGACUGGAGAGGAUAGAAAAUAGGAACAAGGAAUUGUCAUAAAACUAAAAGUUAAGAGUUUCUCUUAGGAACCAUGUAGACUAUUGUUUAGGUUAAUGAUUAAGGAAAACAAUUGAGUCCUGGGAGUUGCCUCAUUUUUUUUUCUGAUAUUGGAAAAUGUGUUCUCAGUUUUCAGUGUGCACCAAAACUGAAAGAAACCUGUAAACAAUUGACUUCAUGUAACUAGAAAACAAAGAAUUUAUGGUUAAUUGUCAUAAUGGGACAGGACCAUAAAAUAUGAAAGGUGAACCUAGUAGCCUCUUUUUCAGACAGUUAUAAAAACUACUGCCUAAGUAAGUAGUUACGACUGAAAGGCUCCUGAUCUAUGAGAAGUCUAAAAGAUAAGUAUUUAACUGUAUGUGGGUGCUUGGGGAUUGUUUAGUUUUCACCUGUAAUACAUAGAAUGUUUAAUCAUGUA